AUGGCAAGUCCAAGAGGAGGUGGAAAGCAUCCGGAGCUUCAAGAUGUCGUCGAGAAACGUGUUGCGAAACACCCUGUCCGCUGGUACCGAUCAACCUUCUACAACGCCACGAUUCUUGGUCUCUGCAACUUCGCCGCCCCAGGCAUCUGGAUCGCCAUGAAUAGCUUGGGGGCCGGAGGCGCACAGAAACCUUACCUUGUCAACGCAGCCAAUGCUCUCACAUUCUGCCUCAUGGUGGUUUCAUGCUUUUUCUCGUCCAUACUCACCAAGUACAUCGGCAUCAAGGGUGCUCUGAUCUUCGGUACUGUGGGCUAUGCACCAUACGCUGCAGGAUUGUACACCAAUAACCGCUAUGGCACAGAAUGGCUUGUCCUACUGGGGGCAGCGCUGUGUGGUAUCAGCGCCGGUGUGUUUUGGGCGGCUGAGACAGCCAUCGCACUGGCGUAUCCGGAGCCAUACAAUAGAGGUAAAGUGCUAGGAUACUGGUUGACUUACCGCUUGGGUGGUCAGAUUCUAGGAGGCGCCAUCAAUCUGGGGCUCAACGCCGACCGCGACCAAGCUGGGAAGGUUAGCUAUACGGUGUACCUGGUCUUCAUUGCCAUCCAGGCGGCUGGUCCCCUGGUCGCGCUCCUUUUGAACAGGCCUUCUAAGGUGGAGAGGACGGAUGGCCAGAAAGUCGACCUGAGCAUAUUCAACCACCCGGUCGAAGAGAUGAGGCUCAUGGUUCGUACGUUUCUCCGACCAAAAUACCUGUUGCUUCUCCUCUUCAUUGGGCAAGCGGUGUAUGCGGAGGCGACGUUCUUCACCUACCUGAGCCUUUGGUUCUCAGUGCGAGCCAGAGCUCUUGGUUCCUUCCUAUCGGCACUGAUCGCGGUAACUUGCGGUAAUGGACUUGGAAUGUGGCUGGAUCGGACAUCCGUCAAGCUAUCAACCAGGUCGAGAGUCGCUUUUGGCGUCAUUGUCACACUUCAGGGCGCUUGGUGGAUCUGGACGACUGUUCUAGUCACUAAGUUCAGACACACCAGACCCACCUACGACUGGAGCACCGAGGGCUUCGGACAUGCCUUUGUACCGUAUCUGUUCCUUACCGCCGGGUUCCAGCUGAACUACCUCUUCUGCUACUUCCUGAUGGGGCAGCUGUCCAAGGAUCCUCAGGAGGUAAUCCGCUAUUCGGCUCUUUUGCGUGGGACGGAGUCUGCGUGGCAGGCAGUCAGCUAUGGACUCAACUCCAUUCGGAUAUUUGCGGAGGUCGGAGGGGUAUACAUCUGCUUAGGGCUGUGGGCGUCAGCCAUAAUUCCUGCCUGGCUCGUGAUCAGGCACUUCGGGAACGACGCCGUGGCUGUCGCGGCUGCUGAGGCUGUAGGGGAGGACCAAACAAGUCUAGAGCAGAAAUCAGAGGUCCAGUCCCAGAAAGCAUGA